AUGGCGCAUCCCAGACAUGGAAGAUACAAGUGUAAUGCAGAUGCUUCCUUUUCGCUAGAUCGCAACAAGGUGGGACUCGGUAUGUGUUUAAGGGAUGAUCAUGGUAGGUUUGUGGCUGCGAGAACAGAGUGGAUAGAACCUACAGUCGACGUGGAGAUUGGUGAAGCCAUAGGCUUGCUGCAUGCUCACAAAUGGGUAGAAGAAAUGCAGUUAUAUGACACUGACUUUGAAAUGGAUUGCAAAAAGAUAGUCGACAGUCUUUACAGUAAAAGAACCUACCUCUUUGAUCUUGGUGCUAUUUUAAAUGAUUGUAGAAAUAUUCUAGCUUCUAAUCUAGUGAACUCUGAUGUUAAGUUGAUUAGGAGACAAGCAAAUGAAGUUGCUCAUAGGCUUGCCGGGGCGGCUACAUCUUUAGCUAGUUUCCAUAAUUUUAUCAUUAUACCUUCUUGUGCAUGUUGUAGUGAUGAUAACAUUUGA